UGCAAGAUGGCUCACCAAGCCCACAGCAUCAGCUGGAACACCCUCGCCCAGAAUCUCCACCAUCGAUCGGCCCCAGCGUCCCCAGACAGCGCUCAGCUCGUCUCGGAUCUGUACUUCCGGUUCCGGCCCGCCCAGGGGAAGGAGAUCGGCUACUUUGCCGAGUCCUUCGCCCGCGCCAUCGAAGAGCACACCCGCACCGAACGGCGGAAAUACCCCGCGCAGUAUAGUCCGAUCCAGCCGGAUGAUUUAGUUUUGGAUGAUCGCCUCGCGGAAAGACUCCGGCCCUUGGCGUACCGAUGGUGCACGGCCUACCAGGACCGCAAGUGGCCGUACGGGACGACUGUCAAGGCGGAGAGCCCUAAGCUGUGUUUGCAUCGGGACUACACCGGUCACAGCAACAGCCGAAGGAGCAGUAUGAGCAGCAGCAGCAGCAGCAGCAGCAGUAGUAUCAGCAAUAGCGGCAGCAGUAGCCCCGACAGGCGCGAGGAUCAUUGCGGAUGCCCGUUACCGUACCGCGAGCGAAUGGGAUCGGCCUUUCUGCGCCGCUACCGACGCAACGACUGCUACAAAUUUAUGGAUGUCAACGCUGGGGCCUUCUACAACAUGCAGGUGGUGAGCAGCCUCAUGCUCCUCGGAGAGAUGGACCCUGUGCUGCGGCUGGCCGCCACGCCGGACAACGACCUGGCGGAGUGGAUGGAGAUGUACGAAUGUUAUUGCAUGACCCCCGACCGCGGCUGGGACCAGCUCUUCGCCGGCGCGCUACAGAUGUACCUGACCCUCAACAUCCUGCACAGCAUCCCCUCCCUCUGGGACCCGGCCUCGCGCCAAGCCGCCAACAAGAAACGGUCCGACGAAUACCGCAACACGCGGAUCUACCAGCGCACGCUGCGGCGGUGGACCUUCGAGGGCUCCUCGAACGAGGUCGCCCAGCACCUGCACCGGCGUUUCUUCGGCCUCGACGGCCAUUUCCACUGGCAGACACAGGUCACGCGCUACCGCCGGGAGCCGGGCUUCCUGGCGCUGCUGGAGGCCACCAGCGAGGUCCGGGGCGCGAGGCUGGGGUGGUUGAACGAUUCGACCCGCCCCAGCGAGACGGCUGCCGCGGCCCCUACGCUCAUUCUGACCAACCGGACCUUCCCCUACGGCCAGGUGCCGUUCGAGGUGUUUCUAAACUGCGGGAAGAAGGCGGUCUAUCGACCGCAGUUGACGGACGUCGCGCGCGUGGAGGGUUAUCUGCGAGUGCGCGGGGGUCUCCCGCAGGAGUUGGUCGAGUAUAUCACGGCGCUGGCGGAGUACAAUAGCCAACAUGCGCGGCGACUGCCGGUUCCGCACGAUCCGCUGCACCGCGCGAACCGCGCGGAGUUGCGCGACUACCUCACGCGAUGCUGGCAGGUGAUGGUGCGGUGCAACAUGCUGGCGCAGGAGGUGGGGCGGAAGAUCGAUUGGGUCGCGCAGGUGGUCGAGACUUUGGAUAGGCUGGUGGCUAAGCCGCCUGGGAAGAAGCUGUUCAAGCGCGAGCUGAUGGGCGAGUACUGGGAGGUGACCCUGGCGGGCGGGAGCGGAGAGUUGCCGCAUCGGUUUCGGACGUACGAUAGGUAUGUUUAGGGCGGGGCCUGGAUCAAUGCCUCCAGCAGAGGGGGAAUGAGUCUUUUUUACCUCUUUUUG